AAAAAGCUCAUGAUAAGACGUAAACUGUACCAGUAACUGUUCUUGCCAGAAACUGUUCAUGUAGCCAGCCCAGUUUCUGCCAUUUUUGUACAUUUUAUUUCAAGCACACGCUUCUUACAUUUCCAGCAACUCACUCUCUCUUCUUCAACAUUUUCCCAGCUUUUCUCCCUUUCCAAACAAGAUUUUAGGGAUUUGUUUUUCCACUGAAAUUUCAACUCCCUCCUACACCAUCUGUCCUUUACGUCUCUCAUUUCGAAGUUCAUACCCUCCUCACUUUUCGCCCCUUCUUAUUUUUCAGAUAAGUAAAUGUCAUCCUCUGACGAAGAAGGUGAGUUUACUCCAGAAAUUCAUGUCUCGGAAUAUGUUUUUGUUGAUCAAAACGGUGAGCCAAUUUCAUUUUCGGUCUUGCCUCUCCUAUGGAACGAAAAUGAGGUCAUUGGCAACAGUAAAGCCCAGGUUUUCUUAGAGGGAGUUGCUGACGAUGGUCGUCUGAAGAUUUACCAGCAAGUUGUCGCAUGGAUGUUUGAUCUUUCCUAUGCGCUGCCUGAAAUUUUGGUGUUCUCCAAGAACAAGAAACGGAUGACACUCCAGAAGCCUAGGAAGAGUUUCGUAAGUACCAUUAGGACAAUCCUAAUCACAAUUCAUUGGAUGCAUUUCCUGAAAAAGAACACAGAGACACCAGCAAAAUCUGUAUGGAACCACUUGCAAAACGUCUUCAGCUUAUAUGAGUUUGAGCCUUCUGAGCAUGAACUUUUGCAUCACAAGCUGUUAAUUGGUGAAGCUAUGAAAAGGGAUAAAGACUUAGCCAAGUCUAAGAAUGUACUUAACUUUGUGGAGGUACCUCGGACAAAUAUAGCACCUCAUCAGGAUAUACCCAAGAAGAAUAACUUUAUAAAUGAUGGAGAUGUAGACGAUGAAGAUUACAAUGAUGAUGACAUAGGUGAAGAAGUUGAUGGUGUGAGGAAGUCCAUUUUCGAUCCUGUUUGUGCAAUUUGCGAUGAUGGUGGCAACGUUCUACCCUGUGAAGGAAGGUGCUUGAGGUCUUUUCACCCAACAAAAGCUGCUGGGAUUGAUUCUUUCUGUGAAUCUCUUGGCUUUGUCAAUGACGCUCAAAUUGAUGCUAUUCCAUCUUUUUUGUGUAAAAAUUGUCUAUAUAAGCAGCAUCAAUGUUAUGCCUGUGGUGAAUUAGGCUCUUCUAACAAUACUUCUGAUCAAGAGGUUUUUCCUUGUGUUUCUGCAACUUGUGGGCAUUUCUAUCAUCCAAAGUGUGUGGCAAAAUUGCUCCAUGCUGACAAUGAAGCUGAGGCAAAAAAACUUAGAGAUAAAAUUACUGCAGGGGAUUCAUUUACCUGUCCUGCCCACAAAUGCUUUGCUUGUAAGCAAAGUGAAGAUGCACAAGUUUAUGAUUUGCAAUUUGCUCUAUGUAGGCGUUGCCCUAAGGCUUACCACAGGAAAUGUUUACCCAAGAGUAUUUGCUUCCAACAUGACAAGUAUACAAAUAGUUUCGGAAGGGCAUGGGAGGAUCUCUUGCCCUAUAAUCGGAUUCUAAUAUACUGCAUGGAGCAUAAGAUUAUCAAAGAGCUUGAAACUCCAAGCAGAAACCAUUUGAUUUUUCCUGAUUUUGGAGUCAAAGAAAAGAAAUGCAAAUUGGAGCUAUCUUAUAGAGGAAAGAAUUUGGCCUCAAAGCAAAGUGAUGUUUCUGAAGUUUUUGUGACAAGUAGGAAUGUUUUGAAGAAGCCAACGCUGGUUCAAAAGGCCUAUGGUGAUACUCAUGCUGGUGGAUCUAGUGAAAGAACUAAGAAGCCUUGUUCUAGACAAGAAUUUUCUCCUUUGAAGGAUCCAAAUACAUGCGUCACUAGUAGAAAGUUCUUGAAGCAAAAUGCUAGACCAAACUUUGAUAGGUCACUUUCCAAAGAGAAAACCAAGCUAACCCAGACAAAAGGUAACAUAAAAGUGAACUUACAAUUAAAUCAAACUGGCCUUAAGUCCAAGAAUACCAAUCAAAAUAUGCAUGCGGAGAAAGGGGAAAGCAUUAGGCCUUUAAUUGAUGCGGAAAUAGAGAAAGGCAUUUCAGUUCUCAUCAAAGAGGUUGAUUCUUCAUUCAAUGCUGAGGAAUUUUUGAAGAAUCAGCAGCAAAUCUCUGGUACAAAUGCAUAUAGCUUCCAGGGUGCAGGUGACAAGAGUAUUACAUUGGGUAGGGUGGAAGCCUCAGUUAAGGCUGUUAGAGCUGCAUUAGAGAAGUUAGAAGCGGGAGCUUCGCUUGAGGAUGCAAAAAAUGUCUGUGGUCCAGAGGUGAUCAAGCAAAUAUUCAAGUGGAAGGAGAAUCUUGCUGUCUAUCUUGGACCUUUUCUCCAUGGAAUGAGGUAUACAUCUUUUGGUCGCCAUUUCACAAAAGUGGAGAAGCUUAUAGAGAUUGUCAACAGGCUCCAUUGGUAUGUACAACAUGGUGAUACUAUAGUCGACUUUUGCUGUGGUUCCAAUGAUUUCAGUGGUUUAUUAAAAGAGAAGCUAGAGAAGGUUGGGAAGUCGUGCUUAUUUAAAAAUUAUGAUCUUUUUCAGCCAAAGAAUGAUUUUAGUUUUGAAAAGAGAGAUUGGAUGAGUGUGAAGCCAAACGAAUUACCAGAUGGUUCUAGACUGAUUAUGGGACUGAACCCCCCUUUUGGGGUCAAGGCAUCUCGUGCUAACAAGUUCAUCAACAAGGCUCUUACAUUCAGACCAAAGCUUAUCAUACUUAUUGUUCCAAGGGAAACCAGAAGACUUGAUGAGAAAGAUGCUUAUGAUUUGGUUUGGGAGGAUGACAGAGUUCUAUCUGGCAAGUCAUUUUACCUCCCAGGUUCAGUUGAUGUAGAGGACAAGCAGUUGGAGCAAUGGAAUGUAAAGGCACCUCCACUUUAUCUUUGGAGUCGCCAUGAUUGGACAGCCAGGCACAAGGCAAUAGCACGAGAGCAACAUCAUGCAUACGACUGGCUGGAAGAGUUGCCUGGAAAUGGAGAAAAUGCGAAAGAAGUUGAAUUUAAUUACCUUAUGCAGGACAAACAUGAUUGUUAUGGCGAUUUCUCGAAAGACGUAUAUGCUUGUGGAGGUAUUUCCAGCAUAUUGGAUGGUGUUCCCGAAAUGAAUGAUGGAUUUGAAUCCGAAGGCAGCAGAGGAACUGUCCAUGGAAAGAACAUGGAAGGCCAGUUUCCUGGAAGCAGUAGUAUUUGGAAGAACAAUGACUUCCCAAAGAAGAUACAUGACAAAGUAAUUGAGAUGCAACCUGAAGGACAUGGCCAUAUGGAUGCAUCUCCAAAGGCAGCAUCAGAUAAUGGGAUAGCUUUGGAAACUGAUGACAUGUGCAUUGAUAUGGAAAUAUCAUCUCCAGACAACAGAGCCGGAUAUUAUGAGGUUCCUGGAACUAAAGGAGGAGAUGGGGUCUUCCAGAACCGUGGACAAGGUCCUCUUAAUUUGGGGUUCAAAACAGAGUAUAGGUUUAGGGAUAUCCAAAACCCUGUCUCAGCUCCUCGUCAAGAAAGCAAAAAACCCAGUGAGUAUCAGAAGUGGAAAUUACAUCAGUGAAUGUGAUUGAUGGUUCCUGAGUUGUUCAGUGGACUCAACUGAUCUUCCCUCUUAAACUGGAACUAAAACUACAUAGCAAUAGUAGUAGGAAUAAGAAUAGGAUAUCUUUCUUAGCCUUUGAAGAACUAAUUCCACUGCUCUUAUUAGAUGAUGACGAUGAGUUAUAGUGCACUGACCCCAUGAUAUGACAUUGUUCCUUGCAUUCGUAUCUUUCAAGUA